CUUUCCUACUUUCUCUCUCUCCUUUAUGGAAUACUCAGUUUCAUUUUUUCCUUCAAUUUGCCGUCCACUGCCUCUGUAAGAUCUCCGGCAGAAUUCCAUUUAUUCAGGAUGAUUUCAUAGUGCAGUUUUAUUUGUUUUUUCUAUGAGAUACUACUUUGAAUUUAUUCCUGCAAAAAUCUGCUUAUCAUUUCUGUCUAAUUAAGGGAAAUAAAGGCAGAAAGAUUGGAUUUUUACCGGUCACUGCCGCAGCGGUAUGGCCGGAAGGGAAGGAAGCUUGAUUCCACAAGCAGAUGAUUUUCAGAUUGGAACUUCAUGGUUUCCAACGACUCCAGCAAAACCAAGCUUGCCACCAAUCAUAUAUGGGAAUAGGCAACAAAAUCAGCCAGGACAAAGUAAUGGGGUGGAAUCACAGAGAAUUUCACAAGGGCAAGAUCUAAGCCAAGUGAACCAGAUAGAAUUGAGGGAUUUCUUGCAAGAACCUCAAGCUCAACGUGCGGCUGCAUGCUGUGGUUCGAUGAAUUCAGCAACUGUAACAGAGUAUUUUGACGCUUGGGAAGCAGCAGCAGGGACAGAAUCCAAAAUGUAUGGUGACAACAAUAUUAAAAUGUGCAAUAACGUAUCUACGGAUGAUGUAGAUGAAUGGAGUAAUGUGUCUUUCGGACAUCUCUUGGCCUUAGCACAUGCUGCUGGCUCUACAGCCGUCACUGAAAAUGCAAAUGUAGAAACUAAUUUUACCGUGAAUGGUUCCUUCAAUUCCCUCACCAGUUCCCAGGAUGCAGAUGGAAGCUCUAUUUGCUCGAGAUUCCCUUUUAACCUGAAUUCACCAACUAGAAUGACAGAUGAGGACUUGAGCAGCAACAAUGCAUUCCAGUUUGAACCAAUAACACCAUAUCAGAUCAAGAAGAAAGGGCCAGCAUCUGAUGCGCCAAGUCUAGACAUUAACGCGACACCAAUAGCAAGACAGAUACAGUCAAGCAAAGAUACAUUAAAGAGAGCAGAAGCAAAUGAUCUCCAACAGAACACAGAGCAGUCGGGGCUGGUCUUGAACAUAUCGGAACUGUCGGAAAAGCACGUGAUAGAAAAGGCAGUCGAUCAGAAUGCUGAACAGAAUAAUACACCACAGCAGAAACGAAGGAAGAAGCACCGACCUAAAGUGGUAAUAGAAGGUGAGUAUAAAAGGACUCCUAAACCAAAAACUCCCCAGCAGCAUAGUUCAAUGGGAACAAAAAAAGAAAAGAGGAAAUAUGUCCGAAGAAACAACAUUGAGGACCCUCCAGGCACACCCUCAGAUGAGGUAUACGAUAUAACUAGACACGAGGGCCAUCUUCCAGGUUCUGGAAAAAUCCAAAGAGCAAGGAGGACCUAUAUCAGAAGAAAUCAAGUCAAGAAGUUUGCACCAAAUCCCGCCAAAGAGGGAACCAUAGAUCCACCAAAUGUUUCUCGACCAAGAAGAUUCCCCAGGAGAUCAUUGAAUUUUGAUUCUGAAAGCAGAUUAAGUGAUGAAAACUCAUCACACUGGCCAUCUUCAACUGUGGAGGACUUGCAUGAGAAUCAAUCCAAUUCUAGUGUGCAUCCUGGAAAGGGUAUUGAAGCCGCAACAGCAAAGGCAGAACUUGGCUCAUUUUAUGACCUCACAUGUUCAAAUCAGGAGCUGAAAACUUGCCAAAGCCAUCAUGAAAUGUCAUACCCUGACCCUUCCACUCUGAAGAAGAUUGGCCUGAAUCAUGGUAAAUUCCCCAUGAACAAUCAAAAUGAAAUCUCAAGAGGGAAGUGUAAAAUCGUUUUCUCAGAUGAAACUCAUGAUAAACAGGCAAGCAUUUUAGAAAUGACACCAAAGAGCCCGAAUAGUUCCAACUGCAGCAGCAGCGCAUGCUUGAUCCAGGAAACACCAGAAAGAGCCCUGAAAAGACGACGCUCUUUUAGAACUGAUGAAGCAAAACUUUACAGCACAAAUGUCAGGGGAGCCUAUUUCAACUCCAUACAGGCAUAUCAAGCAAUUCUCCCAGUAAAUGAACCUUAUGCUCAGAGUACCCAAGGGAUGCACUUUCCUACAAUUUACAAGAAAAAGAGGACAGAGAAGGGCCAUCCCUCAGCAACAUCUUACAAUAAGCCUUUUACAUGUGAAAUUAACUAUCUGUCUUUGACUCGGAGUAACAUUGGUCUUUCCCAAGCCAGUACGUCUGCAAAUGACCAUGCUAAUAACUUAAUGCCAAAUCGGGAACUUGUACCAGCAUUUGUGGAAGCAGAGGGGUUAAGAAGGAAAAGAUCAAAAAGCAUAAGUAAAGUACGUGACCUAGCAUCACUGCUUGAAAUUUGCAAACACUUUCCUACUUCUUCAAUCAAAGAAGCAAUGGUAUCUGAAUUUGGAGAAAGAUAUGAAAACUCAAAUCAACCUAAUACAUGCAUGGAAGCCCUGGUUGCCGACACCCGUGCAAUAAUGAGAACAAAAAAGAGGUCAAAGAGAAGCAUCCUAGUCAGUUCCACAGCAUCUCAUAUGUAUGCCCGACCACAGUUCACAACAAAUGCAAGAGGUUCCAUACCAGCUAUAACUUGGAGAUCUCCAGUUGAUGAAAUUGCUGAAUGCUUACAGCAUCUUGAUUUAAAUAGAGAAAGCAUACAUCCAUACCAAUAUGCAGAAAAUGCCCUUGUUAUUUAUCAAAGAGAUGGAAGUAUUGUCCCUUUUGAGGGAUCAUUUGUUAGAAAACGACGACCCCGACCCAAGGUUGACCUUGAUGAUGAGACCACUAGGGUAUGGAAGCUUUUGCUGCAAGAUAUAAAUAGUGAAGGCAUUGAUGGUACAGAUGAAGACAAGGCAAAAUGGUGGGAAUCAGAACGUGAAGUGUUUCAUGGACGAGUAGACUCAUUUGUGGCACGGAUGCGUCUUGUUCAAGGAGACAGGCGAUUCUCUCCUUGGAAGGGAUCUGUUGUAGACUCUGUAGUUGGAGUUUUCCUGACACAGAAUGUCUCAGACCACCUGUCUAGCUCUGCAUUCAUGACACUUGCUGCUCGGUUCCCUCUCAAGUCAGACAUCGGUGUGGGAAAGAAUGAAGAGAGAACACGUAUCAUUAUUGAAGAACCUGAAGUGAGUACCCUGGAACCUGAUGAUAGAAUUGGAUGGCAUGACGAUCAAUCAACUCAACCAACUCUUGGUCAGGAGUUUUUCAGAAUCUCCAGUGCAGAGUCAGAUGAUGAAAAAACAGCUGUUCACAGCUGUGAAUCAAGUGAAAAUAGCACUAACUGUGCUAGUUCAACUGAAAAUUCUUUAUUGCAGCAACCUGGUUCUUCAAGAGAAAGUUCAUGUGUUCAUCAUGAAUCAAGAACGUAUGGAUCGGCUACAGCAAAUGCAGCAACAAGAUUUUUGAGGGAUCAAGUAGAACCAGACGAUUUGCUCUCUUCUCAGAAUUCUGUACUUUCUUCUCAAGACUCUACGAAUUUUUCAGCUGCUCAAACUUCUGAAGGAACUGAAUCAAGCAACUUUUCGGGCUCCGCUUCAUUUUUGAAAUUACUACAUCUGGCAGGGACUUCUAAAUCACUAGGAGUCCAGGAUCAGAAAAGAGAAAACAUCUUACUGGAAAAGGAUAUAACUGGCCAACUAAAACAUGUGGCAUGUUGUUCACACUUUCAGAAGGAUGGGGAGAAUCACAUAGGCUCAAUAGAAAAUGACUGUCCUUGUAGCUAUUUAGGUUGUACGAUGUCUAAUUCAGGAGCACAACAAACCAAGUUCAAAAGUGAUUUGGAAGAAGCUGCAAAAUUGUCAGACCUCUCUAGGGAACUUGGUGCCCCCGAACAAAGUAAAUUAUCAGCAGAGCCUGCAAAUCAAGCACUGUAUGGAGAGAUGAGUGAAACUUACAUCUCAUGCAAUAACCAUCAAAAUAAGGUGUACACAGCAACAAUUGAUGAUCCAGUAGUCAAUUUUGAGCUACAAGUUCAAAUAGAAGAGAGCAAUAAUAUGCAGCAAGUAGCAGAAGCACCAACAUUUUCAGAAGCCAUUGUAAAUGUCAGAGAGGAGGUCAGUGUAGUUGUUGAUUCAAGUAAGUCUGAGCAGACAGCUUCGAGGUCAAGCUCAAACAACGGAAAAAACCAUGCUGGAAACACAUUAGACAGAGCAAAUCACAAUACCAAAGAUAAAAAGGAACGCCCUGUAAAAGAGAAGCAGAAUGUUGACUGGGACAGUUUAAGGUUACAGGCUGAGAGCAACGGUAAGAAAAGAGAAAGGACAGCAAACACAAUGGAUUCACUGGACUGGGAUGCAGUGAGGUGUGCAGAUGUCAAUGAGAUAGCCCAUACCAUAAGAGAACGGGGAAUGAACAAUAUGCUAGCAGAGAGAAUCAAGGACUUCCUUAAUCGGAUUUUUAGAGAACAUGGAAGUAUUGAUCUUGAAUGGCUGAGAGACGUUCCACCAGACAAGGCAAAAGAGUAUCUAUUAAGCAUCAGAGGCUUGGGCCUGAAGAGCGUAGAGUGUGUGCGACUUUUAACACUUCACAACCUUGCUUUUCCUGUCGACACAAACGUUGGGCGUAUAGCUGUUAGACUUGGAUGGGUGCCCCUGCAGCCACUGCCGGAGUCGCUACAAUUGCAUCUUCUGGAACUGUACCCAGUGCUGGAGUCUAUUCAAAAAUACCUCUGGCCACGUCUCUGCAAGCUUGAUCAGAGAACAUUAUAUGAGUUGCAUUACCAUAUGAUCACUUUUGGAAAGGUCUUCUGUUCAAAAAGCAAACCCAACUGCAACGCAUGUCCGAUGAGAGGAGAAUGCAGACACUUUGCAAGUGCUUUUGCAAGCGCAAGGCUUGCCCUACCAGCACCAGAAGAGAAAAGUAUAGUGAGUGCAACAGAGAACAAAGCAGCUGGCCAGAAUCCAUUCCAGAACUUCAAUCAACAGCCGCUGCCCUUACCCCAGGCUAAUCAAACACCAUUAGAGCAUCCCAAAUUGAUCAACUCCGCACCUAUUAUUGAGGUGCCAGCAACACCAGAGCCCAUUGUCGAAGAGCCUGCCACACCUGAGCCAGAGCAUGAAGCUCCUGAAAUCGACAUUGAAGAUGUUUGCUUUGAAGAUCCUAAUGAAAUUCCUACAAUUGAAUUGAAUAUGGCGCAGUUCACUCAAAAUGUGAAGAACUUUGUGCAAAACAAUAUGGAGCUUCAACAGGUUGAAAUGUCAAAAGCCUUAGUAGCUUUAACUCCAGCAGCUGCUUCAAUUCCCACACCUAAACUUAAGCAUAUAAGCCGUCUCAGAACUGAACACCAAGUAUAUGAACUUCCGGAUUCUCAUCCUCUUCUGGAAGGGUUCGAGAAAAGAGAACCAGAUGAUCCAUCCUCCUAUCUUCUGGCAAUAUGGACACCUGGUGAAACGUCGGAUUCAAUUCAGCCACCGGGAAGACAAUGCAACUCCCAAGAAACUGGUAGACUAUGUGAUGAUGAAACAUGUUUUGCAUGCAACAGCAUACGUGAAGCACAUGCUCAAACGGUGAGAGGGACAAUUCUGAUACCAUGUAGAACGGCUAUGAGAGGUAGCUUUCCGCUCAAUGGUACAUACUUCCAGGUUAACGAGGUUUUUGCGGACCAUGAAUCCAGCCUCAAGCCAAUUGAUGUCCCAAGAAAUUGGCUAUGGGAUCUGCCACGACGGACAGUUUACUUCGGAACCUCUAUACCAUCAAUAUUCAAAGGCCUAACCACAGAAAGUAUCCAACAUUGCUUUUGGAGAGGAUUUGUUUGUGUGAGGGGUUUUGACAAGAAGAUACGAGCCCCAAGACCACUGAUGGCACGGUUGCACUUUCCAGCCAGCAAGUUGACUAGGACAAAAGGAAAGCCAGAUGAAAACUAGGUAACAGUGUCCUACUGAAUCAGCAAGGCAGCCAUCCGGGCUGAGCAAGCUAACAAUAUUCAGUACCAUGAUGUUUUAAACCUUAGAAAAGAAAGAAGAUAGGUAUUCUCUAACAUGUAAGUAAGUUGUAGCAAAAGAGAAAAUGAGAUGAUAAUCGAUUACUUGUAGUUGAUACUUAGGGUGGUCAUUUCUAUAAGCGACAAUCAUUGGAUUAUUCAACAGGCUAGUGCUCUUUUUGCCCAAUGAGAUCCCAAAUUCAGUUGGUUCUCAUUUUCUCUUCAAAGGAUAGAAAGAGUAAUAAAAAUUGGUACUCUUCCAUGUA